AAUAAUGCCAUGGCUACACCCGUAAACCGUGUAGGGCCUGAUUGAUUAGUUUACCCAAAAAUAUGACAAUAAUAAAACGCAGCAUUAUUAUACAAGCAGGACAAGGGCUGAACUGUAGAACUUUUUGUGCUAACUCAAGGGUGUAGCGUAAAUCUCGACCCAUGGUAACAGUGACCAGACACAGACACCCUGAUAUGGCUGUGAGCAAGACCAAACGCUGGAUGAAUUUAUGAAAAAAAGGCCAGUUGACGAUGGCUUUGCCAGAUCCAAACAAGCAGACUUUCCCCUUCAUUCAGAACCCUACGCAAUUCCUGGCCAGUCCCAACUGCCCCACGCCAACAAAGACAAACGAUUCUAGUGCCGUGUCCUUGAAGCACUCGGCCAUCCAACUACCAGCCUUGGUUCAUUCGGGCGAAGGUGAUAGCAGCAAAGAAGUUGCACAGCAACAUACCACAACGGUAUCCCUGCCAAAGGUCAAGAAGACUUUUCCCCUGAAGAAGACCGAACCAUCCCAAAUGAGAGGGACCAGGAUUCCUGAGAAUUUCAGGGAGGUGGCAGUUGAACCCAUGCCGUACCAGUGCCAGUUCUUUCGAUCAACAACGAAGAUCAAAUCGGUACCAGUGACAAAGCGGCACCGAGACAUGUUCAGCGCCGCUGCCAGAUCCAAGCCAGGACCCCUUGCCAAGACCAAGCACAUGUCCUUCUAUACCAAGCCGUUCCUGUGGCAGGCAAAAGAGAAGAUUAGUAACCCGAUCGAAAUGGAGAAUCUUCCAUCCCGAUUUCUGGAAGAGGAGGAGAAUUUGCGGGAGGUCAGAGGUCAGAAGCGGAAGUACAGCAUCCCCUCACACCGUCAGGGUUACAAUGAUCUCUAUGUGGGAGGGAACCCAUCACACAUGGCUGAGAAGUUUGACUAUAAAACGGAAGCGGACAACCUCAGACACAUGGUCUUACCUGACAACGCUCAGGAGCUGUACAUGGGACGUGGAAUCAAGUUACCAGAAACUCAUUCGCUGAACAGAAGAAGAAAAGAUUGGAGAGACAAGAUAGAUGCUGAAUAUGCCCUACCAAAUUCAGCCCCUGCAGAAGUGUCAGAGCCUUCCGUAACAACAGCAGCGACGAUGUCAACAGUAGCAACGGUCGACUCAGCCCCAGCAGGCCGAGCGGAGGCACAGCCCACGACGAAAUCUAGGUACACCCUCAGCCACCCGCUGCCCAGAGUCACUCGCUCCCAUUCCAUCUCCCAUCACGACGCCGACUCGCGCAGUAGCGUAGCUAGUGAACGAUCCGGGGCCAGCAGCCGGAAACCGGAACGGCGGAAGUCCCAUCCAACAGAUGGAGCUAGACGAAACUCGGUCGCUUCCAGGAAGGGGAGCAUUGCAGGAAAGGCGCCCAAGGACCAGCCAAGACACGAGGAGGCAAAAGUUAAGGAUCAGCCAGCGCAACCUGAAGAGGCCGCCUCUGCUGCAGGUGAAGAAGUAGACAUGGAAAGGGAGGAGGAAGGGGCGGGGGACGCCUCCACCGCAGUUGAAGUCCAAACCAUCCCAGAGGAGAGCAAAGAUGAAGUAGUGGAAGAUAAUAGGCCUGAUUCUGAAAUGGAGAUGGAGGCUGUAGAGGAGGACCCAAGUCGGCUGGGCGUGCAUCCAGGCUCCUCCUCCCCAAAAGGGGCGUCGCCCAAUCCCCUGACAUCCAUCGACAUCACGUUGCACAUCUCAGCCAGCCAGAAGGAUGAGUUGUCAGAGAGGUUUAAGAAGCUGGACUCGAACAAAGACGGGCACAUUACAUUCCAAGAGCUGAGUGGCGUCCUUCCAGAAUCCCUCACCAAAUCGCAGAGAAAGUUCAUCAAGGAAUUUAUUCGGGUGUACGAGGCCGUCAGCAGUAGCACUUUCUUUGGUCUGGAGGAGUUUGUAGGUGUGACUUGCUUGGCCGAGAUGUUGACCAAGCUGCCUGAACCUGUCAAAGAUUCCUAUGAUGCCAUCGACUUUGCUGCAAUUCAGCAGUCCAUCAUGCAGUUUGUCAUGAUGUUCUCGUCGGUGGACAGACAGCAGACUGGUGCCAUAUCCAUUCCUUCCCUGCUGGAGGUGGUAUCGAUGGCCACUGAUAGGGACUUGGUGUCAGACCAGAACCAGACCGGCCAGAUCCUGACAGCUGUCGGAAAGAACCUGACUUCCACCAUUGACAAAGUAGAGUUUCUUGCCUUCCUGCCAUACUUCCUUCAACUUAGAUGAUGUUUGGUACCCGACCAUAGUUGAGAGGUUGAUCAUUUUUAAAGAUGCAAUGUCUAAAAAUGAAUACGAGUCUCACAGCUUCAGUUUUUUUCAUGAGUUCUUUUGCAAAGUAGAAAUUGUGACAAAUCUGUGGUUAGACUUCAUCUACUCUGUUUCUUUGAAUGUUCAGUAUCCGGUGUGUAAGUGACCUUGUCACAAAGGCGGACGCUUCACGGUUUGCAGGCUCCCUUUGGAUGAUUGCUGAAGUUGCGUAUUAACUUCCAAUUCCAUGGUUCCAUGUAAACAGCGAUCAAUGCAUGUAACUCUACAUGCAGUGCAUGGGCAGUGGGUGUGGUCUAAAUUGAAGUGACGUCACGCAUAUGAACCGGAUAAUGAUGCACUUUCUGCUUACACGGGAACCUGCAAUGAAUUGAUGGAAAAAAUUUGAGCUGUUCAUGCUUUGUUUUGAGUGUUUGGAAAGGCUUGUUUGUGUGUUGAUGAUGUUUCCCUGGUAGGCUUCCCCAUAAUCUUGAACUGCAUGUACAUUGAAACUUCCAUAAAUUGGCUCUUCCAGUUUUUAACUUUUCAUUUUUCACUGAUGAGCAAGAACAAUUCAGAGAACCAAUGUAUUCCUGAGUUAGUUAAAUGAAUGUGUCCUUGUAUGUGAACAGUCUGUUUACUGGGCUUAGAAGCAUACACAUAUUGCUCCAAACAGAAGCUGACAUUCUAAGUUUUAGUUUUUAAAGUUAAUUGACGACCAACUCUGGCCGAGAUUCUGUGGACCUUAUUCUUUCUUGUGACUUCAAAAUGUUUGCAAAAUGAUUGUUUGCAUAUUGUGAUUUUCUAUAAUGUCUCUAAUUUUUUAUUUUAUAGAAAGAACAAAAUACAGGAAAAAUGUCCGACCAGUUUUGCAGUUUUGUGUUGAUAAGCACAGUUCUCUCUUGGUUCUUGGCAAAUUUUGUUUAACGAUUUUGUUCGAGAUUAAAUCUGGUUGAAAGAGUUUGUGUAGUAUGAUAUGUGAUUGUUAAGUAUUCACUUAAGCUUCAUAUGAUAUGUUUCUUUAUUUCACUUCACUUUCUUGAAGUGAUUUUUUAAAAGUUCAAAUGAAUGCCUCUCUUUAAAUACUUUCGAACUGGAUAUCCAUUGGAAAUAGUAAGUUGUUUCAGGGCAAGUUUAUUCUUAAGAAAUUUCCACAUGCUGACUUCUUAAGCUAUGAUGAAUUGUUUUGCAAAGGUGGUGAGUGACACAGUGAAAUGUCAAAAAAUUUUGUUGUCCUUUGAGUCCAUGUAAAUUUAUAUUUAUCCUAUAAAAUCUCUGCUGUUCUGGCUUAGUAUUUUAAAUGUUGGUUGCAUUCCAGUGUACAAUGUAGUACCUGUACACUGCUUUUGCAUCUGUUUGCUUUAAGUCUUUGCAGUUAUGUACAGGUUUGUAUGAAAGGUACCUUUGCUACUUUGUAGCACAAAUUAUAUACAAAUGUAUGAUAAGCAAUGAAUAAAACAGAUCAACAUUUUUUGGGAA